AUGAGUCAACAACAGCCUUCUAUUAGCUCUGUCCUCAAUCAAACAACUGCCAACCAAGUCGCCCAUAACAGAUUGAAACUGGCUUCAAUAAGCAAAACCAUUGUUCUAUGUGGGCGACAAAACAUCAGCUUACGAGGACACCGAGACAACUUCACUGAUAUUGAAAGAGAUACUGCCGGUUUACAUAACCACGGGAACUUCAUGGCCCUACUCAAUUUUAGGCUAGAUGCUGGUGAUGUUGUUCUCAGAGACCAUCUAUCAAAAGCAUCCCGUAUUGCUACAUACACAUCCUCUGUCAUCCAGAAUCAGCUUAUGGAUAUUUUAUCAAAACAAGUACGACAGCAUAUAAUUGAUAUAGUUGAGGUAGCUAAGUGGUUUUGUAUAACAGCCGAUGAGGUCACUGAUGUCUCUAAUAAGGAGAUACUCAGCUUGGUAGUAUGGUAUUGUGAGCCUGAUUCUCUUCUUCCUCGUGAAGACCUUGUUGGCUUUUUUCAGUGCAAUGAAGGUAUUACUGUGCAACAGCUAGCCAAUAUGAUCCUCACCCAUCUGCAGUCAUUUGAUCUUGAUCUCUUCUAUUUACGGGGACAGGCAUAUGAUGGAGCAGGCAAUAUGUCUGGGUCUAUUAGAGGUACAGCAGCUAUUAUUACAGAGCAACACUCCUAG